AGGAAGCUGGCGCCGCCACCCGCUCCCCGGACGAACGCGUCCAGGACCCACUGCGCUUGCGAGCCAUCCCCGGCCCGGCGUGCGCCCCAGACACGGUGACCCCGGUUCGCGCGAGCCUCCUCCCCUCACCGCGACCCUACCAGGCCCCGUAGCCCGGCUGCCCCGAGCCAUGGACGUCCCCGAGCAGCAGCCCGACCCCGACGGUGGGGACGGCCCAGGCCACGAGCCCGGGGGCAGUCCCCAGGACGAGCUGGACUUUUCCAUCCUCUUCGAUUAUGACUAUCUGAACCCCAUCGAAGAAGAACCGAACGCACAUAAGGCCAUCAGCUCACCCUCCGGACUCGCAUACCCCGAUGAUGUCCCGGACUAUGGCCUCAAGCCAGUCAACCCCCUCGCCAGUCUCUCUGGCGAGCCCCCCGGCCAGUUCGGAGAGCCGGAUAGGCUAGGGUUCCAGAACUUUCUGAGCCCCGGCAAGCCAGCGGGGGCUUCGGGCCCGAGCCCUCGGAUCGAGAUCACUCCAUCCCACGAACUGAUGCAGGCAGGGGGGGCCCUCCGUGGGAGAGACGCCGGCCUGCCCCCCGAGCAGCCGGCCCUGGCCCUGGCCGGCCUGGCCGCCAGCCCGCGGUUCACGCUGCCCGUGCCCGGCUUCGAGGGCUACCGCGAGCCGCUUUGCUUGAGCCCCGCUAGCAGCGGCUCCUCCGCCAGCUUCAUUUCUGACACCUUCUCCCCCUACACCUCGCCCUGCGUCUCGCCCAAUAACACCGCCGGGUCCGACGACCUGUGCCUCCAGUUUCAAAACAUCCCUGCUCAUUAUUCCCCCAGAACCUCUCCAAUAAUGUCACCUCGAACCAGCCUCGCCAACCCUGAGGACAGCUGCCUGGGCCGACACUCGCCCGUGCCCCGUCCGGCGUCCCGCUCCUCCUCACCCGGUGCCAAGCGGAGGCAUUCGUGCGCAGAGGCCUUGGUGGCGCCCCUGCCCGCAGCCUCACCCCAGCGCUCCCGGAGCCCCUCGCCACAGCCCUCGCCCCACGUGGCACCCCAGGACGACGGCAUCUCCGCUGGGUACCCCCCCACGGCUGGCUCUGCUGUUCUCAUGGAUGCCCUCAACAGCCUGGCCACCGACUCGCCCUGCGGGAUCCCCUCCAAGAUAUGGAAGACCAGUCCUGACCCGACCCCCGUGUCCACCGCCCCGUCCAAGGCGGGCCUGGCUCGCCACAUCUACCCUGCCGUGGAGUUCCUGGGGCCUUGUGAGCAGGAGGAGGGGAGGAAUUCCGCUCCCGAGUCCAUCCUGCUGGUACCACCCACCUGGCCCAAGCAGCUGGUGCCGGCCAUUCCCAUCUGCAGCAUUCCUGUGACUGCAUCCCUCCCUCCACUAGAGUGGCCACUGUCCAAUCAGUCAGGUUCUUAUGAGCUGCGGAUCGAGGUCCAGCCCAAGCCUCAUCACCGGGCCCACUACGAGACGGAGGGCAGCCGUGGUGCUGUCAAGGCCCCGACAGGAGGUCACCCUGUGGUGCAGCUCCAUGGCUACAUGGAGAACAAGCCCCUGGGCCUUCAGAUCUUCAUUGGGACAGCUGAUGAGAGGAUCCUUAAGCCGCAUGCCUUCUACCAAGUACACAGGAUCACGGGCAAAACCGUUACCACCACCAGCUAUGAGAAGAUUGUGGGCAACACCAAGGUCCUGGAGAUCCCGCUGGAGCCAAAGAACAACAUGAGAGCCACCAUCGACUGUGCAGGCAUCCUGAAGCUUCGAAACGCCGACAUCGAGCUGCGGAAGGGCGAGACAGACAUCGGCAGAAAGAACACACGAGUUCGCCUGGUAUUCCGAGUGCACGUCCCGGAGCCCAGCGGCCGCAUCAUCUCCCUGCAGGCCGCGUCCAACCCCAUUGAGUGCUCUCAGCGCUCUGCUCACGAGCUGCCCAUGGUGGAGAGACAAGACGUGGACAGCUGCCUGGUCUAUGGGGGCCAGCAGAUGAUCCUCACGGGCCAGAACUUCACAGCUGAGUCCAAGGUUGUGUUCAUGGAGAAGACCACAGAUGGGCAGCAGGUUUGGGAGAUGGAAGCCACGGUGGAUAAAGACAAGAGCCAGCCUAACAUGCUUUUUGUUGAGAUCCCCGAGUAUCGGAACAAGCACAUCCGCGUACCCGUGAAAGUGAACUUCUACGUCAUCAAUGGAAAGAGAAAACGAAGUCAGCCACAACACUUUACCUACCACCCAGUCCCUGCCAUCAAGACGGAGCCCAGUGAUGAGUAUGACCCUUCUCUGAUCUGCAGCCCUGCCCAUGGAGGCCUGGGGAGCCAGCCAUAUUACCCACAGCACCCAAUGCUGGCCGAGUCCCCUUCCUGUCUUGUGGCUACCAUGGCCCCCUGCCAACAGUUCCGCUCGGGGCUCUCAUCCCCCGAUGCCCGCUACCAGCAGCAGAGCCCUGCGGCGGCUCUUUACCAGAGGAGCAAGAGCUUGAGUCCAGGCCUGCUGGGCUACCAGCAGCCAGCUCUCCUGGCAGCACCCUUGGGCCUGGCCGAUGCCCACCGCUCUGUGCUGGUGCACGCUGGUUCUCAGGGCCAGGGGCAAGGAUCCACCCUGCCACACACAUCCUCCGCUAGCCAGCAGGCCUCACCUGUGAUUCACUACUCACCCACAAACCAGCAGCUCCGUGGCGGGGGGCACCAGGAGUUCCAGCAUAUCAUGUACUGUGAAAACUUUGGCCCCAGCUCUGCCAGGCCUGUCCCACCGUCCAUCAACCAAGGUCAGAGGCUGAGCCCAGGCUCUUACCCCACGGUCAUCCAACAACAGACUGCCUUGAGCCAAAGAGCUACCAAAAACGGACCCCCAGUCAGUGACCAGAAGGAUGCUAUGCCCACCGGAGUGGCAAUCAAACAGGAACAGAACCUGGACCAGACCUACCUGGAUGACGAGCUGAUAGACACACCCCUUAGCUGGAUACAAAACAUAUUAUGAGACCGAGUGACUGGUCUUUGACCCGAGAAAUCAAAGCGAAAGUUAAUGAAAUCAUCAGGAAGGAGUUUUCAAGACCUCCCCCACGAAAUCAGACCUAGAAACAGCCAUUAUCUCAAGAAACCUUCCACCUUGGAUCCCUCUGUCUCUCCCUGCCUUCUCUGACUGGAACACUGUAUGUGGGCACAGCGCAGGCUGCUGGUGUUGGCGUCUGCCGCCUCUCAAAGCUCAUCUCAGCUGAUGUCCACGGUGACUGGAUUUCCACCAGAAAAAGCAACUGCCUGCUGACCAAAGCCCCAUUCUCAAUUCACUAGGAAGCUGAGCUUGCCUGAGACCCGGAGGCUGGGCUGGGGGAGAGAACUGGGAACUUCAGCCCCAGCCCACAGACAUGGCUCCUAUCUCUCCUGAAGGGUGUUUAGACAGAGCAACCAAAAGAACAUGCCCAGGAGUCCAACUUUUGGGCUUGAGAACCCCAGAUCUCUAUAGGAGCCAAAACCAGACCAUCAUCUCUGCCCCAGCCGGGCAUAGCAGAGCUUUAUUUUGAAUUUUCUUUCCAAAGACGAACCGCCUUGCCUUGACAGGACCACCUGUUCCAACUUCUCGGCGUUAAGUUAUAACACAUGUACAUGUCUGCCAGCUUCUGGGGGCUUUGCUUUGUUUUCCUCUGCUUCAAAGAGCCAACUAAGGUGUCUGCAGGCUGGGCCCUCUCAGCCAGCUACUCCCUAACCCUGCUGCCUGCACCAGACCUCUGGUGGGAUCCAGCCCGGGCUGCCUGUUGAGAACAAUGCUUCCAAAGGCUCCUCUCCACCCUCCUCCCAGACAGAGCCUCCUCCACCCAGGAGCUGGGAGAACCUUCUGGGUCUUUGCAUUGACUGUUACAGAGCUAAAGCCACCUAACCCAAUCAAAACUGCAGGUGUUUGUCACGACUGCCACCAAACAGAACAAAGGGACUGAAAUAUCCCCCCACCCUAAACCCAAAGCAGGAAAGCGCCGGCAUCGCCCUGUGGUUUUUACCUGGAUGCAUUUGAAGUUGCUGUCGGAUCCAAAGCGUUGCGCGUGUCACUCGGGCAGAUCUGCCCCAGCGUGUGCCUUAGUGUGAUCAAGCCCUGCUUGGCCGGGUCGUGUGUCCUGUGGAAUUCUCCACACUCGCUCUCACGGGGUCCUCCAGUCCUCCUCCCCUGGGCAGUUUGUUUUUCCUUCCCGCAGAGCUCUUCUUGCCAUGAACAAGAUAGCUUUCGCUGCUUGCCUUCACCACAGGUGGCCUGUACACGUUGGGCGGGCAUGUUAAGUGACUUUCUCAGCUCUGCUAGGCAGAGACCCAAGUAGCAAGCCACAGUGGCUAACUACCCACCAUGUUUCUUACAUUCUGACUUUGUCAAGGCCAUCCCAAGGUAAACCUUCUUGGGAGCUGGGCCAGCUAUGACUAGCUCUCCAGACGGAGCCCCCAUGCCCAGGGUUCAGCUUGAGCAUGACAAGUGUGACUUCUUGGCUAAUAUCUAGUAUUUCUUUCCCCUAGCAGCAGUACCAGGCUUCCCCCCACCCACCCCAAGCAUAGAGCUGAGCAGAAUUCUCUUUUGAACCCAGAAUGUCCACAAGACGUUAAGCACUAAGUCUCUGAUUCUGAGUACUUCUUAUUAAACAAAGCAAGCUUCCCUGCUGGCCCUUUACUGGAGCAAUACCGACUUCUCUGGGGAAGGGUGACGGGUUGGUGAGAGAUCAGUUCUCACUUGCCCUGGCUGGGAGCCACUUUUUGCACAUGAGGAAUCAGGCCCUUCCUCAGAUUAUCUCAAUGUUUUACCCAAGUGCCUUCCUGCAAUUGUAGUGAGUAGUUCAGUUGCAUUGUCUGCAGGGUGAAAAAGGGCUAACUCAUUUCCCAUUCAUCUUCUAACCAUGUCAGCAAAAGGGUUUCCCGUAGUUCAGACCUUCGUGUGUGUGUGUGUGUGUGUGUGUGCAAGAGGGUUUCCCAUAGUUCAGACUCCUGUACCUUCGUGUGUGUGUGUGUGUGUGUGUGUGUGUGUGUGUGUGUGUGUGUGUAUGUAUGUAUGUGUGCAAGAGGGUUUCCCAUAGUUCAGACUCCUGUACCUUCAUAUGUGUGUGUGUGUGUGUGUGUAUGUGCGCACACGCGUGCGCUCGCACAUGCCCUUUCCUUUAGACCACCUUAUCUGGAUAGUCUAAGAAACCGUCUCAUAAACAAGUAGACCAGGAGGCCAAGGAGAGAAUGGCAUUUUUUCCAGACAGGCCAGAGAAAGUGUAUGAGUAGCAGAUAGUUAUCAAGGAAUUUUGGUCAGUCACAGAGCUAGGAGGAAACGUCGCCGGGAGCAAUUGCUUCUAAACCGUUUUUAGAAUGGGAAGAUGCAGUCUGAUCUAAGUCAAUGAGAAAAAGAUGCCCGAUUGGUGAAGGUGGUGGUGUUGCAUGUGGGUCAGAAGGAUUGGAGCAGAAAUGUGACUUUGUUAAAUCCAUGGUGAUGUUGGUGUGACACUCUGACAGUUCCGUCUUGCUGAAUGUGGUACUUAACUCUUCAAAGUCUGCACAUCUUCCUGAUUGUACAAAGACAGCUGCUGGGAAUACAUAUAUCCACCCAGAUCAGUAUGAUAUUAAAUUUUAUUUUCUUACCUGGAUUUUGAUGCUUUUUAUCUGCCCUCAAAAUAUCUCAUUCCUGUUGGAGUUAGAACAUAUUUAUAAAUGGUCAGAUGUCUUUUUAAGGUUUUUUUUAAACAUAUAUAUCUUGAUUUUCUGUAAGAGAAAUGGUGUGCUUUUGAAUUUUUUUUUUCAUUCUAGAAAAACAAAUCCAAAGAUGCACCUUUGGUCACUGUCAGGACCUCAGGACAGGAGGAAGGGGGACUGGGAGGAAAGAGCACCUUUUUCUUGCUCGAGAAAGAUACACACUCCUCCAGCCUCAAGCCUGGGUUUUCCCUUAGAAUUGCACAGGAAGGGUUUAGUUGGUAGUUUUGAUUUAAAGCCACAGAACCCUGUCUUUUCAUGGACUGACAAGAUCCUACAGCUUGAUAGUGACAGAAGCAACCACGCGAAGUCCUCACAGGUGGCCCUGUGGGCAGCAUCCAAAGGACAGCCACCUUGUGUCCAGCACACUGGAGCCAUGGGCAGAGGGAGCUGGUUCCUCCCAAGACCUGGGAUAGCUGGUUCACAUCCAGUAGUCUGGUCAUCUGUCAUCCAUCACCACCAGCCACCCUCAGCACUGUCACACAGAGAGGUCGGAGCAAUGUGUUUUGAUUGUCACUCAGAGCCAAAGGGAGGCCGGGCUGGUCUGUUUUUGCACCACAGUGCUCAGCAUUGACAGACUGUGGGUGGCCAAGCUGGGAUGAGCAUUCCUGAACUCUUUGCUGGAAGGACAACCCUGAGAAAACUGACACAUCCCCACCACUGGCAUCUCCCAACCUUGGGCAUCAAGCUUCAUGGACCCAAACCAGCCAGCUGCAGAGUGAAAGAGUUUCCUGCAAUCCAGCCAGCUGCUAAAAUGAGGCAACAUCACCUUCACCUAUGACCAAUUUACCCGUGCCUUGACAUACAGCCACCAUCCCUGCCUUAACCCAGUUUGUUUACAGCUAACUCUAGUGAUGGGCAAGAGCAGUGCUUCCCUGAGCAGGCCCCUCUGAGAUCACAGAGGGGGCCUAGGAGUCAAAGGGUUACUGCUGUCUCUAUGCAGCCCCUGAGACAGAUGGGAAUAAAUGUCCCUGCCCUUUCAGCCUUUAGAUGGGCUGGGUGCAGAUGGUGCUGUUGCUGUGUGACUAGGAGCCCCAGUGUUCUGGUUGGCCAGAGCCUUCUGUGGGAGCAUCCCAGACGUCAGAGGACCCUUGUUCCCCAUCACCUCUCAGCCCUCACAGGGAGUCUCACAAUCCUCCAGCUCCUAAAGUUGCCCCAGUGAUGCCUGAAGACCAGGGUUUGGGAAAAUCCCGACUGUCUUGGGUCGGAAUAUAUCGCAUUCCUAUGCAAAAUGAUUUUAAUCUUCAGUUUCAUGUAGUUUAUUUUUGCUAUAUGUAAAGUAUUUUUAUACGGCUUGUAUGACAGCUUAGCAAUAAAACAGUUGAGAGCAACUUU